AUGGGUACCCCAUCUUCCAUACCCAUAAACCCUAACCCCAGUCCCAGUCCGCCGUUACCUCCGUCGCCCCCACCGCAAACAUCGCCAUUGCCGCAAUCGCCACCACCUCAGUCGCCACCACUACCCCCAGACCAAACACCAACCCUCAUUCCGCCGACUCCCCUCUCGCCGCAAACUGAACCACAAAAUGAAACACCAAUUCUCGACACUCAUUCCCCAAAAACAAUGCCUGAGCCUGUGCCUACUCAAACGAAAACCAAAGGCAAAACUCAAAAGGCUGCAGGUAGACCCAAGAAAACCCCUGUCGAAAAACGGAAACGAGUACCCUCUGUUCCUUUCGACCUAAAUUCUCCACCCCAACCUUCCUCUGAACCAGUCAGCAAAAGGACUAGGUCCUCCUCGCAAACUCUAGCACCAGCGGUCCAAACACCUAUAUCUCAGUCACCCUUACACUCUCCAGCAGCACCUGCGUCAUCUGCUAAUGACCUAGAGGAGGUAAUCUCUCCAUUACCUUGGGCUUUUAAGGAUAUGGAUAUGAAAAAUGCCUAUGAGAAAAUAGUUUCUAAACCUGUUUUGGCAAACAAAUAUAUGGAUGAGCAGAUUUUAAAAGAAUUAGGCAUUUAUGAUUCUGUAUUUGCCUAUUUGGAUGAGCAGAUUUCAAACCAACAGUGCCUGAGCAUAAAGAUGUAA